AUGUCCGAUGAUUUUGGGUUACCAAGUUCUCCUAUCAUUCAAACUGAUUAUAGGCCACCUGAGGUCCUUGAGAACGAAUUUUAUACUCGAGUAGAACAGAUACCUACAUCCACAGUGAACGAGCCUAGUGAGAAGAAUCCAGUUUGCUCAGACCUUGGGUAUGGGAUUUACAAAGGAAAAAUGACAGACACAGGACUAAGUGUUUUGGAGUAUGAUAUGGAGAACUGGAACAAAGCUGAUACAUCAGAACACUAUGCUGGUGCAUAUUGUGAGCAACCUUCCAGCCUAGCUCCGGAAUUAGACUUGCCAGUCCAGCAGAAGCCUGAUUUUAGUUCUGCGACAUUGUUUGAGAACCUCAGCAAAUAUGAAAGAGCGGGUAAAAAGUUGAAAGAUGAACAAUCAAGCAAUCUAAGCGAAAUUGCAUCAGUUAAUCAAAAAUUGUCAACAGAAGAAAUCAUAAGGGCGGCUGCAGAGAGGUACAUCCAGUUCCCUAACAAAGAUCCUGAAUGUAUCACCACUUUUAUCCACCCACAUGGUUCUGUUCUGUCAAGUCUGUCAAAGGAAGAAUCAAGUGGCGUAGACCUAGCACACCUUCUUUUAGCCGCGGCUGAUAAAUUUUGGGAUGGGGAAUUUGAUUCUGCUAGGAGAUUGCUUACCUGUUGUGAGUGCAAGGCCUCUAAAUCAGGCAAUCCAAUUGAAAGGCUUACGUCAUAUUUUUCUGAAGCUUUGCAAGAAAGAAUCCGUAGAGAAACAGGAACCAGAAAAAUACUGAUGGUGAGUGAGAACGACAGAGCCCCCAAUAAUGGCCUCUCAACAGGUGUUGACCAAACAGUUUUGGCAACCCAUAUGAAGAUUCCAUUCAGUAAGGCUUUGCACUUUGCAUCAACGCAAACAAUCUUAGAACAUGUCGCGAGGGAAACCAAAAUACACGUCAUUGAUCUUCAUAUUAGGAGUGGAAUUCACUGGUCACCCUUGAUACAAGGCCUUUCAGAACGGAAAGUUCAUCCAGUUCAGCUCCUUAAGAUAACAGCUCUCGAUACAGAAGAUAAGCAAAAGGUUGAGGACAUUGGCAAGAGGUUAGAAAGCUUAGCCGACUCAUUAAACAUCACUUUUUCAUUUGACGUAGUAACUGUAGAUGACAUGAGCCAUCUAAAAAAAGAAUUAUUUGAUGUUCAAUCUGGUGAAGCGGUGGUUAUCUCUGCUCCAACAAUACUAAGGUCAAUGAUCCCGAGGCCUGAUAAACUGGAAAAUUUAAUGAGAGUAAUCAGAGAACUCAGUCCCCUAAUUAUGAUCAUCUCUGAAGUAGAGGCAAAUGAUAACUCACCUUCUUUUAUCAAUCGCUUUGUAGAGGCACUUUUUUUCUAUAGUUCAUGGUUUGACUGCUUGGAAGAUUGCCUGGACCGCGAUAAUCAGUACAGGAUGAACCUUGAAAAAUAUUACUUUGGUUGUGGAAUUAUGAAUUCUAUUGCAACUGAGGGAGAAGAAAGGAUCACAAGAAGUGUGAAAAUCGACGUGUGGAGAUCAUACUUUUCAAGGUUUCAAAUGCUGGAAGUUCAAGUCCCAAAAUCAUCUUUCCAUCUAGCUGAAAUGGUUCUUGAGAUGGAAUUUUCUUGUGCAAGGUUCUGCACUCUCAGUAACGACGGCAAGUGUUUGAUGAUCAGAUGGAAAGGAACCCCAAUGUUUUCACUUUCAACUUGGAAGUUUCAACAACCUCUAAUAUACUUUUGA